AGAGCAGAUUCCUGGCCGUCACCGCAGAGGGCCUCAGUUGAUGAAAAGGUCUGCUUACCUUUGGUUGAAUGGACCAGACUAAUGGCAGCAGCAAUGGUGGUUAUGGACUUCGCCCACCUCCAUACAACACUCCGGACCACGGGUCCAGCUCUUACACAGGGGUGAGCUAUCAGGUAGGGAAGGGGAAUGUUGUGGUGGUCUCUCCUCCUGGCACCUAUGAUAACAUGGUCCAUCCUGAGGGAAUGGCAGCAGCUGGAGUCAACCAGCAGUAUGGUCAAGCUCCACCUGACUACCAUCCAGGCUUAGAGGAGAGCAGCUUCAGUGACGGUGCCAUACGAAGAGGUUUCAUAAGGAAAGUCUACUUGACCUUGAUGAUUCAGCUUCUGGUAACUGUCGGGAUCAUCUGUGCUUUUCUUUACUGGGACGCUCUCAGAGGAUGGACAUUGGACAACAACUGGUUCUCCUUCGUCAUGAUGGCGACGGUGAUGGUGCUCAUCGUGGCCUUGUCCUGCUGUGACAACCUCCGUCGCCAAGUCCCCCUCAAUUUCAUCGCCCUGGGCCUUUUUACUGUUGCAGAGGGCCUGAUGCUCGGAUCCGUGGCAGCGUACUUUGAUACAGAGGCAGUUCUGUGGGCGGUGGGGGCAACAGCGCUGGUGUCCUUCGCCUUGACUCUGUUUGCUAUGCAGUCAAAGUGGGACUUCACCGGAGCAAAUGGGAGCCUGUGGGUGUUUGCUUGGACCCUCCUUUCGUUUGCAUUGCUUUGUGCAAUUCUCCAAUCGCAGUUUCUUAACAUCUUAUACGCCUGCCUGGGAACCCUGCUGUUUUCUUUAUACUUGGUGUUUGAUACCCAGCUUAUCCUGGGUGGGAAACACAGGAAGUAUGAAGUCUCUCCUGAGGAGUAUGUGUUUGCUGCUCUCAACCUCUAUUUGGACAUUGUCUCUCUGUUCCUCCUCCUGCUGCAGCUCAUCGGCCUCUGCCGCUAACACUGACACGCCAGGACAGGCUUCUUUUAAGAAACACUGAAUCUCUUUCUGCGCACAAUAUCAAAUCGCCAAGUGCAUCAUGCUAUUUAGGUUCAUAAUGAAUGAAGAUUCACAGCCCUCUGUUAGUCCUCCUGACAUCUGCUGUCAUAUUUAAAUAUGCAGGGAUACAGAUUUGUUUAGUUGUCAUGUGUCAUGUUAUUAUGCACUGAAAUAUGCUGUGCAAAAUGUUUUGUUGAUUCAAGACUGCUACAUUAGAGAUUAUGCUGCACAAGCAUGUAUGUCAGUCUGUAACUUCCAGCUCAUAAUAUUUCUAUUCAUAAAUAUAAUGCUUAAUUUUCUGUAGCAGGAAACUGACAUUUCAAAGUGGAACACCACCUAAAGUAAGAAUUCCAGUGUGUUAUUUCCAUGGCCUAGGAAAGUUUGAUCAAUAUUUGUGAACAAGAGCUACUCUCUCUCAAAGCCAGAAACUAGAGAAGUAAUGGCAGGUUCAUACUGGACACGAGUGAAUCUGGCAGAAAAACACACUAUAUUGUAUAGUGUGUCUUUAGUAAGUUGUUGUCCAAAUAUAUUGUAAACGUAAAACGUAUCUAAUGAAAAGUCAGUUGUGUCACACACAAACAUAAACGCACACUUACACACAUGCAGACAGAGACAGAGCUCUACAUGUGAUUCAAAAAGAGCAGAGUAGCAGAAUCUUCUGCCGAUUUGUGCGGAGAAAUGCUCGUCUGUUUAAUGGCCGGGCAACUGCUGACAGGCAGUUGUGUGACUAUUAACAUAUCAGGGCGCUUCCACGUCCAGUGUGAACCUGGUGCGAGUCUCAAACUUGUGAUGUCAUCAAGUGUAAAGUCUAGAGCUGCUUCAAAGACAAUGAAUGGGAGCCUGAUUUUAUGGAACCACUAUUUUUUUUCUUUUCUAUACCCAAAUGAGCUUUAUUCUAUUGUAGUGCUCUCAGUGCUGAAACAGAAAAUGCACCCAUAUACUAACAACAUUCCCCCUGGUGAUCUCAGUGUCGCUUAGAUCACUUUUCACCAUUCAUCAUCUUUGGAGCCCCUCCAGGUUUAUACCCCAUGAGAUCAGAAACUUAAGUUAAAGCACUCGAGUUUUUGGACUGGGAGUAGAGUUGUUUUGUUUUCUUACAUUUUUGACUGGCUUAGACCACAGGAAAAUAUAGGUGUAGUUCCACUUGAAGGCAAAACAAUUUAGGUGGUCAUUUGCAAUAAUAUUGUAAAUCAAAGUAGUUCAGCUGUCCUGUAAUCUGUAACAUAUUUACAGAAUGUUUUAACAGUCUUGCUGCUGAGAGGAGUAACUUGUGUCCUGUAGUUUAGGUAAAAGAUCCAGUGUGUACAAUUCAGUGGCAUCUAGAGGUGAGGUUGCAGCGUGUUUAUAUGUAACUGUGAUGGCCACCACGAGCCACAAAUAGCCCAACCUCAGGGGGCAGAGUAUGGUUUGUUCAUUCUGCACUUCUGUAGAACAACAUGGCAGACACCAUGCAAGAGGACCCACUAUGUAUGUAAAUAUAAACAGCUCAUUCGCAGAUAACAAAAACACAAUGACUCUUAGUAUCAAGUGAUUAUAAACUAAUGAAUGUCAUCUACCAUUUCUGUCAAUAGAUGCCCCUUAAUCCUACACACUGGACCUGUAAAGAUGCUUUGGAAACCAAAUUAACUCCAUUAAAUGCCAGACUCUGUCAGCCUUAGCACUCCAAU